AUGCCUCCUCUCGAUACCGAAGCCCAGUUCAAAUUUCUGCUGUGCUGCAUCAAGCACUCGGCCGCCGGAAAGGUCAACUUCGAUGCGGUCUCCAAGGAGCUGAACAUCGUCACCAAGGCAGCCGCUGCCAAGCGCUACGAGCGUCUGCUCAAGGCGCACGACAUCAGCACCAACAACAGCCCGCGCAAGGCAGCUGGCGCUGGCCGGAACAAUGCCGACAGCGACAGCCUCGAUGGCAGCGAGGCCAGCCCGAAGACGCCGGUCAGCAAGAAGCGCAAGCGCGCCGGUGGUGCUUCGGCCUCCCGGGCCGCCUCGACGGUCAAGCACGACGAUGAUGAGGAAGACGAGACUCCGGUGAAGAAGGAGCGUGCCGUGAAGAAGGAGCGCGUCCCCAAGAAGGAGGAGUCCGACGAGGACGCCAAAGUCAAGGGCGAGGAUGACGGUUCGUUCAAACCCGGCCUGCGUGAUCCCGAUGCUGGUGACAUUGCGAUGCGCGACAUUCCCGAGGCGUUUCCACGACGAGGACAGGACGACGACCAGACUCGGGAUGCAGACGACACCGGCAAAGACGACUGCGUCGUCGUCGGCGAGCGGUCUGUCCCGGUCUCGGUCUUGGUCCCUGCGACGUUCCCAGCCCCGGUUGCAUGCUCCAACGGCUUCGCCUGUGCCCACCACGUUGCCAGCGGAACACCGUCGCAAUUGCCACCACCGACACGCGUUUUUGGAAACCUUGAUCCCUUCCAUUGCCGCGGUGCUAACGUUGGCUUCCCGCCGCAGGUGAUGACUUCGACUCGGUGUAGUCCCGCAUCCGAGCUCGGCACAGGCGAUGCUACACCCUCAUCGCUUGAUCAACGGCAGUGGAGCACUCCCCCAAAUCUCGGCAACCCGUUUUGA